AUGUUGAACUUUGAUAAUCAAGCUGCAGGAGAAAGAAGAUUGCUGCAGCUCAAUGAGUUAGAAGAAUUUAGAACUCAAGCUUAUAAGAAUGCCAAGAUUUAUAAAGAGAAAACAAAGAAAUGGCAUGGUCAAAAGCUGGCAAGAAGAGAGUUUGUAAAAGGUCAAAAGGUGUUGUUAUACAACUCAAGACUCAAAUUUUUCCCAGGGAAGCUGAAGUCAAGAUGGUCUGGACCAUUCACAAUCAUCAAGGAUUCUCCUUAUGGUCAUGUGAAACUCAUGGAUGACAAAACACAGAGAACUUUCACUGUCAAUGGCCACAGACUUAAGCACUACUUAGGGGACUCAUUGGAUGAGCAAAGAGUGAACUAUAACCUCAGCUGA